CGAUACCCGGGAGUCAGCUGUCGGCAGAAAAAUAUUUCUGGAAUAACAAAAGCAGCAAAAUUACCCGUAUCCGAAUCAAGUCGAUAAUUCGAUCCAAAACAUGAACUGGCACACGGGCAACAUUGCGGAGGCCGUGGCAGAAUCAAAGGCCAAGGACGCCAUCUUUGUGGUCUUCAUUGAGGGCCAGGAUGAGAUGACCCGAAAGCUGGAACGAUUCGUGGAUGAUAGCCGGGUGCGAUCUCGUUUGGAAACUAACGAUUUUGUCGCCAUCAAAGUCCAGGGAAAUAGUUCAGCCUACGGACAGUUUAUGUCGCUAUACAGAGUAGUGCCCGUACCGUCACUCUUUUUUAUUGGCAAGUCGGGCACACCUCUGGAAAUAGCCACUGGGAUUACGGAGAGCGUGGAAGAACUGACCGAUAAAAUCGAUAAGGUCCUGAUCCUGUCGGGAAAGCGAACGGAGACCGAGGCAGCCGCCAGCUACUCCUCGAGUUCGGAUGUAUUGGAGCCCAAUCCUGUUAGAAGCUUUGCGGGAGCAGAUGAAUCAACUAGUUUGGGAACCGGAGAAAAUCAAUCAGCUCAAACAGUUCCAGACAAAUUUGAAGCUCCUGAAACUACAUCAGUUUCCAACUCCCCAAUUGAAGAAAUGGAGGAACAAGAGACAAACCCUCCAAAUUCGCCUGCAGAGGCUAGUUUUUCCUCAAUUCCUGCUGCCUUAUCAACCUCCAGCUUGGACGAAAAAUCCGGUACUGACACAGAGAAGGCAGCUGUUUCCCCAGGCGCUUUGGCAGCCGAGAAGAGAGCAGGAGCCAGUAAAGUGGAGUCAUCAGCAUCAACAUCCGGAGCAGCUGCUGCCCGAAAUUACGCCACCACUAAUCUUAUAUCGACUGUUCCGCUCCUAACACCUGCUGUUCCAGUUUCAACACAGCGACCAGCAGGAGAUCAGGGAAUAACGGAAUCCGAAGAAAGGUUGACGGAGGUCCGGAACCUUCUAGAAGAAAAGCGAAGGGAACGAGUGGAGGAGGAGAAACGCCGCGAAAAAGAAAACGAGCUAAGACGACGCAAGGAGGGGAAAGAGGCACAGACUCAGCAGGCUAGAAACAAGGAGCAGGAGCUCAAAAAUAUGCAGGAGCAAAUACGUCGCGAACGUCAGGAGGAGCAGCAGGCAAGGGAGCGGAUUCGUGCCCAGAUCGCCGCUGAUCGAGCGGAGCAGGCACAACGUUUUAAUUCAGCCGAUAUAAGCAGCACCAACAACUCUGUGGCUGCAACCGGUGUCUCGACAGCCAUAACACCAGAUUCCUCGGUUAGUUCUGUGGACGAGACCAGGCUGCAGAUACGUUUGCCCGGUGGGAUACAACGCACCAAAUCCUUUCCAGCUGGUGAAGUGCUGGCAACCGUACGUGUCUAUGUUCGAAAUGAGCUACUAGCUGGGAGCGAUGUACGAGAUUUCACCCUGGCCACCAGUUAUCCUCGUAGGGAGUUCCAAACGGAAGAUGAGGUCAAGACCCUGAGUGAGCUAAAUCUGGUGCCCAAUGCAGUGGUGCUGGUGCUAACCAAGGAGCAAGUGAAUCGUGUGGUUCGCAGUGGGGGAUCUUUGAUGACCAUGCUGGCCACGGUCAUUUGGGCUAUGAUCACACCGGCUGCCAAGGCUUUCGACUAUAUCCACAAAAUGGGACUGCGUCCACUCACCCAGAAAUUGAACGAAAUGAUAGCUAACGUUCGGUGGCCAGGACGACAGGUUGAGGUAGACACUAACCCAGCCGAUGCUGCCGUUCGUCGCAACAUGGAAAUGUUUUACCUGCGUCCAACGCCAGCUCCUGGCUACGAUGAGCCUUCUACAUCGCAAAGAGCUACGGAGACUUCCGGGAAUGGAGCUGCCGACAGACCCGCUCCACAAACCCAACAGGGACCAGGAAAUACUCCACCGGCUCAUAACACCAGCCAGGCUUCCGGCUCCCAGUCUCAGCAAUUCCAGCAGCGACCCGGUGGCUAUCAGCCGCCAAAGUAUGGGGAUGCAAACAUUCGACGACUUCAUGAUACGAAAAACGACGACAAGGAUAAGGACAAGGCCACUUACAAUGGCAAUUCUACACAGCAGCAAUAAAACACAAUUUUCCUUAUCCAGCAAUCUGUUUGAAAGCAGUCACUAGAGUUCAAUCUAUACGCAAUAAUCUGUUAUGCUAAAUUUAAUUAUAUCAAUUCAAUAUUUCAAAAUAUCAA